AGAUUAUAAACGGUUAAUUUUAACGUGAGAGCUCUGUUGCAAAAUUUACUUCACAAAUAAUAAUAUAGAUAUGACCAAUUUUAUUUAAUAGAACCGUUGGUCAAUGUGAUAAUGAUUCGAAAUACCUCACGUAAAUGAUAAAACCAUAAAAGCAUAAAUAAAUGCUUCUAAAUAUUAAGAUUUAUUUAAUAGAACCGUAGUACUUUAAUAGAUGUGAAUAAUUUAAAAUAAUUAAUAUUGCUAAGUGCUGAUCAUAAAUAUACGAAUAAUAAGAACGGCGAUCAAGCAUAUACCAAAAACAUAAUUAAUAUUGCUAAGUGCUAACCAUAAAUAUAGGAAUGAUAAGAACGCGAUCAAGCAUAUACCAAAAACACAAAUCACAAUGGUGGACAUGCUUGUAAGUGGUGCUAUGAGUUCUCUUUCUGUUUUGUUAUAUGUUGAUUUAGUACUCCUGACUGGGUUAACUGAAUUGGUGGGUACAUAUCUAACUUGUUGUAGUUAUUGUUGUCAAAAGGAAAAAAAAUAAUAAUUAUCAGAGCAAAUCAAAGAAAAAAUCUUGGGAUAGAUCAUACUUUAAUAGUAUAGAUAAGAAAGGGAGUAUUUAAUUUAAAAUCUUACAAAAGAGAAUUUAAAUCCUAAUGAAUGUUUAUCUUUUAAUAAAAGGGAUGUUUUAAUAAAAGGGAUGUGUCAUUUUCCACUUAACAUAAGAAGUGUGUUGUGAUAUGUUUCCUUCUCGUAUUUCAUGUUUCCUUUUUUUCAAAAGCUUCCCUCUUUCAUGUAUAUAUUUUUUCAUCUCAAUUCAUUUAAUUGUUAAUGUUCUUUUGUCGAUAUUUAUUGUUAAAUGUAGUUUCAGUUAUAGAUGAUUUAUUUUAAAAAAGUUACUAUGUCAUUUCGGUAAUUUGUAUAAUCCAGAUGGCAUCACAGUGUUUUAGUCAGUUGUCGAUAGUUGGAAGGAAGUUUCAUCCAACAGAUUUUUUAUAUGGUGUUUUGGGUAGUGAUUUUAUAUUAUAUUAUUAAGUUUUAUUUUUAAAAUAACUGUCUUCCAUAUUAUUAUUUUUAAGAUUACUAUGUCUCAUUUUAAUUUUAGUUGCACUAUAUUCCUAAAUACUCAUACAAAAUCUGUAAAAUAGAAAUUUCAAGCACGUAUAUUAGAUUUGUAUAUCAAUAAUAUUCAAUAAAAAUAAUAUAUGUGUGCACAUAUCAUCUUUAGUUUAUGUUCUGAUAUACUGUUAUUUAUUAUUUUUAAAAAUAAUAAUAAUUGUUAACAAAUAAUUUAAUUGUAAUUAAUUUUUACCCCCACUAUAAAUUUGGUCCAGCUUUGUAUGUCUCUUCCAUAUGAUUCACCAACCCCAAAACUCAAAACGCAAAAUUUAAAACACCUCUAAUAUGAAGACAACAAAGGUGCUAAAACGCAUGUUUAGCUUCUUCAUCUUCUUACUGUUCUCCUUUGUCACAAAAAACAUGGCAUAUCUACUCUCUACAAACUCUCGUUGGAUCAUCGACGAAAAAGGAGAAAGAACGAAGCUGGCGUGUGUGAACUGGCCAGCGCAUUUACAGCCUGCAGUGGCGGAAGGGCUUAGUAAGCAGCCGGUUGAUGCCGUGGCCCAAAAGAUAGUGGCAAUGGGUUUCAAUUGUGUUAGGUUAACUUGGCCACUUGAUUUGGCCACAAAUGUGACAUUGGCUACUAGUGUUACUGUGAGGGAUUCUUUUCAAAGUCUUGGUCUUAACACUGACAUUUCUGGUUUCGAAACUAAGAACCCUUCCAUGAUUGAUCUUCCACUCAUUGAAGCUUACCAGAGUGUGGUGACGACGUUGGGAAACUACAACGUGAUGGUGAUAUUAGACAACCACUUGACCAAACCAGGGUGGUGCUGCGGCAACGACGACGGCAACGGUUUCUUUGGAGACAUAUUCUUUGACCCUGCCACAUGGAUCUCCGGUCUGACCUACAUGGCCACUUCCUUCAAAGAUACAUCCAAUGUCGUUGGUAUGAGCCUCAGAAACGAACUUAGAGGACCUAAACAAAACGUCGACGAUUGGUUCAAGUACAUGCUACAAGGAGCCGAAGCAGUUCACGAAGCAAACCCUUACGCACUUGUAAUCCUUUCUGGCUUCAGCUACGACACAGACCUCUCUUUUGUCCGAUCACGACCCGUAAGCCUUACUUUCUCCGGUAAACUCGUCUUUGAGCUCCAUCGAUACUCUUUCACCAACGUUGAUAUAUGGAGUUCUAAAAACCCAAACGACGCAUGCGGCGAGAUUCUAAAAAUCAUCGACGACGGAGGCGGUUUCCUCCUCCGGGACUUCCCGGUGUUUCUUAGUGAGUUUGGAAUCGAUUUGAGAGGCGGAAACAUUAACGAUGAUCGGUAUAUCGGAUGUAUAUUAGGUUGGGCGGCGGAAAAUGACAUUGAUUGGUCGAUUUGGGCACUUCAAGGAAGUUAUUAUUUAAGAGAAGGUGUGGUAGGAAUGACUGAGUACUACGGUGUCUUGAAUUCAGAUUGGAUAAGUGUUCGAAACAACAGUUUCAUGCAAAGAUUGUCUCUGAUUCAAUCCACGCUUCAAGGACCGGAUCCUCAACCCGAAGUUAGCAAUCUUAUUUUCCACCCGUUAACCGGACUUUGCAUGCUACAAUCUUCCUUAGAUCCAACCAAGGUCAAUCUCGGUCGAUGCAAUCAAUCUCAACCAUGGGACUACACUACUGACAACACUUUGAAACUUAAAAACAUACCUCUCUGCUUGGCGAACACCGGACCGAACGCACCGGUUAAGCUCAGUGAGGCGAGUUGCUCGACCCCUAGUUUGUCGCAAUGGCAACCCAUCUCAGCCUCGAAUAUGCUCUUAGCUGCAAAGUCAACCAAUAACUCGCUUUGUCUUGACGUAGAUGGAGACAAUAACGUCGUGGCUACCAACUGCAAGUGUGUGAACGGCGAAGACAGCUCGUGUGACCCGAUGAGCCAGUGGUUCAAGAUCGUUAAAGUCAAUAAAGCAAAUGAGGAUAUAUAACUGAUCAUUAACAAUUGAUCAAGUAACUCAUGAAGUUUGUUUACAUGUUAUUUUCUGUUGAAGUUUCUAAUAAAGACUAUUUCGUUGUAAUGCGUGAUUAUUGUUUCUUUUACCAAUUUGAUCAACAUGAUAACAUUUGAAUAUUUUUGAUUGUCAUCUUAGCAUCAUAGCAUGGUAUUAGGAUCGAAAAAAAAUCUUAAGAAAUAAUCCCCAAACAAACAAACAAACAAUUUAUCCUACAAAAUAUGAAAUUUCAAAGAUUCAUCACUCUCUUUAUUAAAAGAAGAAUAAUCAUAGGCAUAGCUAGACUUUAGACAAAGCUUAAUAAGAAAAACAUUAAAA